AUGGGACCCUGGGGCUUUUGGGAUGCCCCCAUCUUGUUGUUGCCCAUCGCCUUCCUGGUGGCGAUGGUCUUGAAACCCAAGCCUAUGCCCACUGCAAAGAGCCUCUGGUGCGCGGCAGUCAUCCUGUUUGUGCUGAAGCUCUGGUAUCUCCAGGCGGCCCCGCUCGAGGCCUGCGCUUGCUUCAUCAAAGGCUGCUUGCAGGCGCUGACGCCUUGCAGCAUCGUGGCAGGAGCCAUCUUCCUGUUCGACUGCAUGGAGUCCGCCCAUUGCCUUGCAUGGAUGAAGGUACAGCUGCGGGUUAUAACCGAUAGCCACCCGGUGGCCGAAGUGAUGCUCAUCGGCUUCUGCUUUGCGUUCGUGGUCGAGGGGGCCUCUGGCUUCGGCACUCCUGCGGCCCUCGCGGCACCAAUGCUCUACUCGAUGGGACAUCCGAAGAUGGAGUGUGUCGUGUGCCUGCUGACUUUCAACACCUUCAUGACUAUCUUCGGCGCAGUGGGCACGCCCGUGUGGUUCGGCAUCGGAGAGGUCCUGCCCGACUUCGGUGACGAGAACUUGAUGGCGGUGGGCUUUCGUGCAGCUGUCGCCCUGAGCACUUGCGCUAUCAUCCUGGUGCCCUACGUAGUCCAGAUCAUUGUGCCCUGGUCAGAGCUGCGGCCGAGCUUGUUGUACGUGUUGCUGAGCACUGCGAGCGUCGUUGUGCCCUUCAUCGGACUGUCUGUCUUCAACUACGAGUUUCCGAGCUUGGCCGCUGGAAUCGUGGGGCUAUGUUUGACCACAAUCUUGACGCUCCGUGGCAUUGGCCUCGGUCCCCAUCAACGACACGAGAAGCGGACCAGCUCGAAGGAGGCCGCCGUACCAUCUUCCGCUGCGGUGCUCGAAGCCGUGGAAGAACACGAGGAACCCGUGGAGCAGGAGAAGGUCUUGGAGCCGGAGAAUACUUUGAAGGACCUGAUAGACUUGGAGGCGCCAGCUGCGGGCGUGCACUUUGUCUCCGGGACGAUCAAAGUGCCGUCCGAGAGCCAGGACGACCAGCUGAAGGCCAACAACUUCUCUUGUCGAAGUUUGAAAGACAAGGCCAUACACAGGGAGGUGGUCCUGCAGAAGAAGGCUCUGAGAUAUUUAUCCGAGCACCGGAGUAUUUCUGUGGCACCGGCGAAAGUGGUCGCGGCCAUCAACCAGGAAGAGGAUAUUCCGCAACAGCUGACCGUGAAGGUGGACGAUUCCCACGCAGAGCACUUUCACAACAACGUCACCGUGUUCGACUGUGUGUUCCGGACGAUGCCACUUUGGCUCACUGUCCUUCUCCUGAUCUUGACCAGGAUCGAACCGAUCGGCCUCAAGUCGCUCUUGCGCGAGGAUGAGCCGGAGAUUGUGAACGGCUCCCUCGGUACUUUGGGCCACUUGCGCAUCUCGGUCGUCGGGCGAUUCUCGCUGACCCAGAUCUUGGGGACCAACCUGGGCUGGACCUACGAGCUCCUCUACAUACCCUUCCUGCUGCCCUUCGUGGCCGCGGGCUGCGCUUCGCUCCUGGUCUUCCGAAAGGAGCUAGAAACCUCGCCGGGGACGAUCAUCGCUGGUGUGGCGCAACGCAUCAAAGGCCCGGCCGUGGCUUUGAGUGGUGCCUUGAUGUUGGUGGAGCUGCUUCGGACCAGCGAUGCUCUCAAGGAUGCCCCGGCUGCCAUCAUCGGGACACGCUUGUCAGAGACACUGUCGCACGGGUUCGUGGCCCUCGCGUUUCCCUUGGGGGCGCUGGGCUCCUUCUUCUCGGGCUCGACGACAGUGAGCAACCUGACCUUCACUCAGGUGCAGAAGGUCGCUGCGGACACUCUCGGCAUCUCCCCGACCGGAUUGAUCGGUCUGCAGCUAUGUGGUGCCUCCAGCGGGAAUGCUUUUUGCCUCUCCAACAUCAUCGCAGCCACUGCGGUGAUCGGCCUCCAGGUGCCGGAGGGCAUGAUCGUGAAGCGCGUCCUGAAGCCCGUGUGCGCCCAAUUCAUCAUUUGCACCUUGGAGAGUCGCCUUUCUUCGCUGCAGUUGGGCUUGUAUUUACACCACAAGGGUGAGACGGCUACAAGACCCGCAAAGCUGUGGGAGAAAGACAUGCCGCGAUGGGUCCACAACUUCGGGCCGGGAGAGGAAGGAGGAGCUGACAAGAAGGACCUGCUCGGAAACAAGGGGGCCAAUCUGGCCGAGAUGGCCUCCAUUGGUUUGCCGGUGCCUGCUGGCUUCACGUUGACAACGGAGGUUUGCAGCUACUUUGAGCAGAACGGGGCCUUUCCAGACUCCCUCAAGGAAGAGGUGUUGAGUGCCUUGACACUUGUGGAAAAGCGAACAGGCCUGAAGUUCGGUGAUUCCACGAACCCGCUUCUGGUGGCCGUGCGCUCAGGCGCUCCACCGUCAAUGCCUGGCAUGAUGGACACGGUCUUGAAUGUUGGCUUAAACUCCAAGACGGUGGAAGCCAUGUCAGAGAAAUAUGGCGAUGCCCGUUUUGCUUUGGACACCUACAGGCGUUUCAUUCAGAUGUAUGCCGAUGUGGUGCUCGGUCUCGACGUGAACUUUGAAGAGAUCCUGGGACGAACAAAGAAACGCCGCGGAGUGAAACACGACUACGAGCUCGAGGAAGAGGACUUGGAGAAGCUUGUGCGAGACUACAAGACCCGGAUUUUCGUGCAGCUUGGCCAUGAGUUUCCAACAGAUCCUUUGGAGCAGCUUUGGGGAGCGGUGAGCGCGGUUUUCAAGUCAUGGUCCAAUCCCCGGGCCAAGACCUACCGGGAACUGCAUGGCAUCCCAGACAAGUGGGGCACUGCGGUGAAUGUUCAGGCCAUGGUCUUUAGGAACAUGGGCAACGAUUGUGCCACGGGUGUAGCCUUCACUAGAAAUCCUGCCACUGGGGACAACCACUUCUAUGGGGAGUUCCUUGUCAAUGCUCAGGGUGAGGAUAUGGUGGCCGGUAUCCGUACGCCACGCGAGCUCACCCUGCAAGCUCGACUGCUCGUGGCUGUACGAGAGCAGCUCGAGAAGCACUACCGGGACAUGCACGAGAUCGAGUUCACAAUUCAGAAGGGCAAGCUGUUCAUGUUGCAGACCCGCUCGGGCAAGAGGACCACACCUGCAGCAAUCCGGAUCGCCGUCGACAUGGCCAGUGAAGGCUUCAUCUCCAAGGAGGAGGCCAUCAUGCGCCUGAAGCCGCAGCUGCUGGAGCACUUGCUCCACCCCACAAUCGACCCCACUGCGAAUAAGACGGUGAUCACCAAGGGUCUGCCCGCAUCGCCCGGCGCUGCAGCUGGAAAAGCCGUCUUCUGUGCUGACGAGGCCUUGCGUCGGGCCAAUGACGGGGAGCAAGUCAUCCUCGUGCGAAGCGAGACAAGCCCUGAUGACAUCCACGGGAUUCACGCCGCAGCCGGUGUGCUGACGAUGACCGGCGGCAUCACGAGCCAUGCUGCUGUGGUGGCCCGUGGAAUGGGCCGUCCGUGCAUCGUGGGCGCUGGGCGGAGCUCGGGUGCCGAUGCCGGUGCAGUGGACUUGGCCUCGAGGACGUUGCGGGUUGGCGAUGUUGUGGUGAAGGAGGGCGAGAGGCUCAGCAUCGAUGGUGCCACAGGCGAGGUGAUGCUCGGAGAGGUACCGACCCUGCCACCCACAUCCACAGUGCUGGGAAAGCAGUUCCAGACACUCAUGAAGUGGACCGACGAAUUCCGUAGCAUGCAGGUCCGUGCCAAUGCGGAGACCAUCGCAGACACCCGGCAAGCCAAGGAGUUCGGCGCCGAAGGCUUGGGCCUCGUCCGGACGGAGCACAUGUUCUUUGGCGGGCGGCGCAUUGUCGCCAUGCGGCAGAUGAUCUUGGCCUCGGAUGAACGGGAGCGUAAAGAGGCCCUGCACAAACUGCUCUUCAUGCAGCGGGAGGACAUGGUAGAGCUCUUUGAGAUCAUGAGCGGGCUUCCAGUCACCAUCCGGUUGCUGGACCCUCCUCUGCAUGAGUUCCUGCCACACACCGAUUCCGAGCUGGCCGCCGUGGCUAGGGCGGCUGGAUUGCCGCGGGAGCGAGUGAAGCGCCGUGCUGAUGAGCUCAAGGAGUACGAUCCGAUGCUCGGGCACCGAGGCUGCCGCUUGGGCAUCACCUACCCGGAGAUCUGCGAGAUGCAGGCGCGAGCCAUCUUUGGAGCUGCUGCGCAGGUGAAGAACUGCUCGCCCAAGAUCGAGGUCAUGGUCCCUCUUGUCGCAUCUUUGCAAGAGUUUAAGGCGAUCAAAAAGAUUGUUGACGCGACGGCAAAGGCCAUCCAGGUGGAGGAAAAUGUGAAGCUCCAGUACGGGGUUGGGAGCAUGAUCGAGUUGCCUCGGGCGUGCUUGCUAGCAGGACGGAUAGCAGAGGAAGCCGAGUUCUUCAGCUUCGGCACCAACGACCUGACCCAGACAACGUAUGGGCUGAGUCGAGAUGAUGUCGGGAACUUCAUGAGCACCUACAAGUCCAAAGGCGUGAUGGAAGAGGAUCCCUUUGUCAGGCUUGAUGAGGAGGGCGUCGGGGAGCUCAUUAGCUUGGCCGUGGAGCGAGGGCGGAAGACGCGUCCCGGCAUGGAGAUUGGCAUCUGCGGCGAGCAGGGUGGUGAUCCAUCUUCCAUCGAGUCUUGCCAGAAGCUUGGCAUCGGCUAUGUGAGUUGCUCCCCGUAUCGUUUGCCCAUCGCGCGGCUUGCAGCAGCGCAAGCAGCGUUGAAGGAAAAAGGCUUCAAGGGCUUGGCCAUCUCCACACAGGCUGCCAAGCCCCUCCGAACUUACUUUGGGGCCUGGUAG